ACAAAGGUAAAGACAGAAAACGCAACAUCAGUGUUGGCCUGUAAGCUGCGCGUACUGGGUAUUGAAUCGGUACAAGAUAACAUGCUUCCUCUCUUCUCUCGUCUUAAUACCCACUCCCUUCUCUCCCCUCUCCCCUCUUCUCUGUCUCUCUCUCUCUCUCCUCUCUCAAGGUCACAUCCAUUUGUUUUCUUUCUCUUCUUCCCCACCUCCAUUGCUGAUCUCUUCAUCUUAGUUUCUAAGUAGCUUUUCAUUUUUUUUUCUUCUUCCUCUUUUCAACUGUAAUAUUUUUGGGAGAAUUUUAGUUUGUUUGAGUUAAUUCCUAUACACAGUUUUUCAUAUCUUCUGAUAUGCAGGAGGAGAAUCUGUAGAUUCUCUGGCAGAAAGCACAAAGAUCAAAGCUUUUGCUCCUCACACUUCUCUUUUUUCUUAUAAGAUUGCUCAAUAGAUUUGAAUAUCCAAGCAACUAUUUUCAUUUUGCAUUUUUACCCAUCAACAAGACAAAAGAAAAAAAAUCAGAAUCCUUUCUUACAUAAACACAGUUUUAUCAGAAAAGUUCUCUAGAUAGGUGUUUUCUCUUCUUAUCUUUGGAGUUCAUACAUAUAAAUCUCUUCACUACAACUUGAGCUCUUUCUCUCUUUCUCUAGAUCUAUUUCAAUCUCUCUUUUAAAGUUCUGAAAGAGAAAUAAAGAUGAAUGGAUUUACAGUCCCUCUGCAUCAGCAGCUAAUGGAAGAAAACAUGUCAAAUCUUACAUCUGCAUCCGGAGAUGCAAGCUUCUCUUCAAACCCUAGUCCGAUGAAUCAACAAGCAGCAAAGAAGAAGCGCAACCUUCCCGGAAAUCCAGAUCCUGAAGCCGAGGUGAUAGCUCUUUCACCCAAGACUCUCAUGGCAACCAACCGGUUCGUGUGUGAGAUCUGCAACAAAGGGUUUCAGAGAGAUCAGAACCUACAGCUUCACAGGCGUGGCCAUAACUUGCCGUGGAAACUGAAGCAGAGGAGCAACAAGGAGGUGAGAAAGAAGGUGUAUAUCUGCCCUGAGGUCACGUGCGUCCACCAUGAUCCCACUCGUGCGCUGGGAGACCUUACAGGUAUUAAGAACAGCAGGAAGCAUGGAGAGAAGAAGUGGAAGUGUGAGAAGUGUUCCAAGAAGUAUGCGGUUCAGUCUGAUUGGAAGGCUCAUUCCAAGAUCUGUGGAACGAGGGAGUAUCGAUGCGAUUGUGGUACACUCUUCUCAAGGAGGGAUAGCUUUAUCACACACAGAGCCUUCUGCGACGCAUUAGCAGAAGAAAGCGCAAGAAAUAUCUCAACAUUGAAUCCACUAACAAACCCUCUUCUCUUCCACCCACCUCCACCCCCAUCCUUCGAUCCCUCCUCUCUCCCACUCCAAACCCAUUUCCCUCAUCUCAUCAGAACCAUAGCCAACGAAACCUAUCAAACUAACACCUGCAACCCUAACAUCAACAACAACCACACCCUUCAAGAUCUCACCCUCAAAACAGAACAACAACAGCAUCACAUUCCAUCAUGGCUUUCUACCACCACCACCUCAUCAAUCUACUCCCCCGUUCUUGAACAAAAUCAUUUCAUUCAUGACAGCCACCAAUCUCUUCCUCCUUCUUAUCCUCUCCCACAGCCUCAUAUAUCUGCAACUGCUCUCCUCCAGAAGGCAGCUCAGAUGGGCUCAACGAUGAGCCGGCCAUCGCCCAUCCACUCUCAGAUGGCCGGACACAACAAUGGCGACCUUGUCUUACCUUCUUCUCCAAUAGAGAAAGCUUUUGUGAACGGAUCAACAGCUUCCAACCAUUUUCUUCAGAUGAUGAAUUCAUUCACGCAAGCUACUGGUUAUAGAGAGAAUGAGGAUGGCAGCAAUGGUGGAGUUGGUGGAGGGAGGAAGCUGCAUGAGUUCUUCCUCGUGUGAGGCUGAUAAGAAGCUAGCCAUGGAUUGGUAAUUAACUAGAUUCUGUGAGAAAGAGAUUGGUUUCAAUGCUUUUGUGGUUUAUGUUACUUCUCUGUACUAGACUUUUUAUUAUAUGAACUUCUUUCUGUUUGCUAAAGUAGACACGCUUUGUACUGAGUUUACACCAUAAUGGAGCAAUUUUACUA